CCACUCGCAUCAGUUGACUUUGGAAGUACAAGCAAAGCGAACAGAGUAAAAAAUUUAUUCCCAAAUUUUGUUCACGAAAAUCUAUUUAACAUUCACAUUAUGCAAAACCAAGUGCUGAGUAUCGAAAGUCCAUUACAGCAUAGUAUACCAUUAUCGAAAUGUAUUUCGCAUGAUGUGUUCCUCAAAUUGGAAAACGUGCAGCCGACAAACUCCUUUAAAAUAAGAGGAAUGACGCGGAUGUGCUCCAAGAGGAGAGAUGCCGGAUACAAAAAAUUUAUAUCAUUUUCGGGCGGCAACGCUGGUAUUUCGCUGGCAUACGUGGCCUCACAAAUGAAUAUUCCCUGUCAUAUUAUUGUACCUUCGUUUGUCUCUGAAAGAAUUACGAAUAGAAUGAAGUCAUUGGGAGCCGUUGUUGAAACAGCACCGGAUAGCAGACAAGCACAACUUGAAGCAAUUAGAUUGGCCGAUUCGAGUCCCGAAUAUUCUUUAAUUCAUCCGUAUGACGAUGAAGACCUGUGGGAUGGGUAUUCGACAAUAAUUGACGAGAUCAAAAAACAGCUCAAUGGUAAAAUUCCAUCUUGCCUACUCCUUUCGGUAGGAGGUGGAGGAAUGCUACUCGGCUUCAUGACUGGAUUAAAGAGACAUGGAUGGGAAGAUAUUCCAAUCAUAGCUGUCGAAACUUUCGGAGCUCACUGUCUGAAUAAAUCAAUAAUAGCUGGGAAAAGCGUUGACAAUGUGAUGACAAGCAUAGCAAAGACACUUGGCGCUCCAUCUGUAGCACCUAAAGUAUUGGAAAAUCUACCCAAUUUUCGUGUAAUAUCCGAAGUUCAACCAGACUCGGCAGCAAUUGAGGCGUGCUUAAAGUUUUCAGAUGAUCAUGCAUUUUGCGUAGAGCCAUCUUGUGGGGUUACUCUCUCUGUUAUCUAUGAAGGACUUCUGCCUGGAAUAAUGGAGAGAACGGAUUUGAACUGCUUCCAGAUAGACCAGUGGUAG